UCCCAUCUGAAGCAAAGCGGAGAGCGAGAUCUGGAAGACGGCGAUGAAGCGGCUCGCGCUCCUCGCCGUCCCCGUCGUCCUCCUCCUCUCCAUCUCCUUCCUCCUCCUGCGGCCCUCCUCCCGGCCGCUGCUGUUCACGCAGCAAGCCUCUGGCCCCGACCGUCGCCUCAGGGUCUACGUCGCGGAGCUCCCCCGCGCGCUCAACCACGGCCUCCUCGACCUCUACUGGUCGCUCCCCGCCGCCGACUCCCGCAUCCCGGCCUCCUCCGACCCCGACCACCCGCCGCCGCGCGCGCACUCGCAGUACCCGGACAGCCCACUGAUCAAGCAGUACAGCGCCGAGUACUGGCUCCUCGCCUCCCUCCAGCCGGGCUUCUCGUCCGCGCCCGCCGUCACGGUGGUCGCGGACUGGAGGGACGCGGACGUGGUGUUCGUGCCCUUCUUCUCGACGCUGUCCGCGGAGAUGGAGCUCGGGUGGGGCGCCAAGGGCGCGUUCCGCAGGAAGGAGGGGAACGAGGACUACCACCGGCAGCGGGAGGUCGUCGACCGCGUCACCGCCCACCCCGCGUGGCGGCGCUCCGGUGGACGCGACCACGUCUUCGUCCUAACAGACCCUGUGGCAAUGUGGCAUGUCCGGAAAGAGAUUGCUCCUUCAAUUCUUUUGGUGGUUGAUUUUGGAGGGUGGUACAAACUUGAUUCAAACUCAGCAAGCAGCAACAUUUCUCAUAUGAUACAACAUACGCAAGUAUCAUUGCUCAAAGAUGUCAUUGUACCUUACACUCAUUUGCUCCCUACAAUGCAAUUAUCAGAGAAUAAAUACCGCCCCACUCUUCUGUACUUCAAGGGAGCCAAACACAGGCAUCGGGGUGGUUUGGUGCGAGAGAAACUAUGGGACUUGAUGGCUAAUGAGCCUGAUGUUGUCAUGGAAGAAGGUUUUCCUAAUGCUACAGGGCGUGAACAAUCAAUAAAAGGGAUGCGGACAUCGGAGUUUUGCUUGCACCCAGCUGGUGACACCCCAACUUCAUGUCGUCUCUUUGAUGCCAUUGCUAGUCUAUGCAUACCUGUCAUUGUCAGUGAUGAGAUUGAGCUGCCUUUCGAAGGGAUGAUGGACUACACAGAAUUCUCCAUUUUUGUGUCAGUUGGUAAUGCCAUGAGACCGAAAUGGCUCACAAACUACCUAAGAAAUAUCCCCAGGCAGCAGAAGGAUGAACUCCGAAGGAAUGUGGCUCGCGUCCAACCUAUAUUUGAGUACGAGAGUAUUUACCCAAGUAGGAUGGCCUCUGUUCCACAAGAUGGUGCUGUGAAUCACAUAUGGAAAAAGAUUCACCAGAAGUUGCCGAUGAUUCAAGAAGCAGUCACACGGGAGAAGCGAAAGCCUGAUGGCACAUCGAUCCCACUUCGGUGCCAUUGCACAUAACUCAGUUACUCGGGAGACAUGGUUCUUGUUAGCAGUCAUUUUCUCCUGUGGGAGUAGGUAGCACUCUGUGCCAAUUUGUGCAUUAUUGGUGAAGAUAUGAGCGUUCAGCAGUAGGUUUACGUUCUUUUUAUCAGGUUUGUUUCUUCUGGAGUGAUCAACCGAUUGCUCCAUGGGUCUUUGAUGGGCCAAUGAGAUUUCUCUGAUGAGACUGUCCAUUGAUCAUUGGGCAGAAAUUUUUUGACAUUAUUCAGAGAGAAGUUUGAGGCAGUAAACAGUGGUUGUUGCCGGAGUCCCAAAACAGAGGCAUACAGACCCCGCAUGUGUUCUGCUCACAAAAUUUAAGAGCUCAUAAAAUUUUACACUACAAGAUGAUAUUUGGCUAGAUAAUAGCUGGUCUUUUAAAAAAAAAUCAGCUGGUCCAGUUCUUGUGGGGACCAAACUAUA